AUGGAUUCUACAAACCCUUUUGGUUUUCAACCGCCUCAUUUCAUGGAUCUUUUGAAUUCUCAAAAAAACUCAAACGUUUAUGAUAAUUCUGCACAGACCUCUCAGCCUGUCCAAUUUAGAUCUCCAUUCUCUUCUCAGCCUAUCCAAUUUAGCUCUCCAUUCUCUUCUCAACCUAUUAAUCUUAGCACCCAAUCAGAAUCUGAAGACUGUAUUGAAGUUAUAGUGGACGACAAUGAAGAAGAUGGAGGCAGAGGAAGUAGGAAGAGGUGGAGUGCACAUGAGGAUAUCAACCUCAUAAGCGCCUGGUUAAACACAAGCAAGGAUCCAGUUGUGAGUAACGAGCAGCGGUUAAAUAGCUUCUGGGUUAGAGUCGCUGCCUACUACAAAUCAAAUGGUGGAGGGACCGCUAGUACUAGAAAGAAGAGUGGAGAAUCAGAAGACGAUGUGAUCAAAUUGGCGCAUGAGAUUUACAUGAACGACAUCAAAAAACCAUUUAUUCUAGAGCAUUGCUGGAGGGAACUGAAGCAUGAUCAGAAAUGGAUCAUGGAGGAAUGUAGUUCCAAGAGGACGAAGCUACAAUCAGACGGAACAUACUCGUCGAGUCCAGCCAAUGAUGGAGCUGAAAUGAGGCCUUCGGGGGUUAAAGCUGCUAAGAAAAAAGGGAAGAAACUGGCCUCAGUGAGUAUUGAUGUUGAAGAUGGUUCGGUGGAAAGUUUUUGCGGAGACAUGAAGAUACUUCGAUGUCACGUGAAGGGAAACAAGUAG